CAAGCAGCCAGAGAAACCUUUCCUCCUCCAUAGCAGCUGCAACAGCUCCUCUCUCUCCUCCUUCAACCAGCUCCCAAAACAAAGCUUCAGGUUAAAAAAAUGGCAGAAACAACACAAAUGGAAGUUGAGAUCCCAACAGAACCCACCCCAUUACCAACAAAACCAAUCUUCAAACCCUUAAAAGCACACGAGAUGUCGGACGGCAAAGUCCAGUUCAGAAAAAUCCCGGUCCCACCAAACCGUUACACACCUCUCAAAAAAGUAUGGGAGUCAGAAAUCUACGACCCAGUCUACAACCAGAUGAAAGUAGACAUACGUAUGAAUCUCAAAUCCCGCAAAGUCGAGCUCAAGACACGUGCCGACACCCCUGACGUCAGCAACCUCCAGAAAUCCGCUGACUUCGUCCACGCCUUCAUGCUUGGUUUCGAUAUCCCGGAUGCGGUGGCGUUGCUGAGGAUGGAUGAGUUGUAUGUUGAGUCGUUUGAGAUUAAGGAUGUGAAGACGUUGAAAGGUGAGCAUUUGUCUAGAGCGAUUGGGAGGUUGUCGGGGAAAGGAGGGAAGACUAAGUUUGCGAUUGAGAAUGCGACGAAGACGAGGAUUGUGAUUGCGGAUACGAGGAUUCAUAUUUUGGGUGCUUUUACUAAUAUUAAGGUUGCGAGGAGUUCGCUUUGUAGUUUGAUUAUGGGGUCUCCUGCUGGGAAGGUUUAUUCUAAGCUAAGGAAUGUUUCUGCUAGGUUAAAUGAUUAGUUUUUCUGGAAGUUUUGUGUUUUUUUUUUGGGAAUGUUUUGCCUGAGUUUUGUUCGAGUUUAUUAUUUGUAUUGGUUUGAAACUAUACAAUAUCUUUGUUGAGUUUUCUACAUUUGUCACCAUGUUUCAGACAUAACCAAAUAGUUAUGUUCCAUAGAGAAUGCUUUUCAAUUAA